AUGCUGGAACAAAAGAAGAAAAGCACAGCACUUGCUACGACCUCGCAGGAGCAGUACGAAAUCACCGGAGAUAAUUCCUCUACAGACAACAACAUCGCGAUUUCCUCGGGCAGAAUGAAGGCCACUUUCAAGAACAACAUCAAGGGCACCGAUUUAUUGCCCCGCUCCGAAGCGGAAGCUUUAGCUCGACCGCAGAUCGCAAAGAACAGUUUUGGUGCGUUGGCGGCGGGGGACGGCGACGAGGAAGAAGAAGACCGAAACAGUGGAGAGGAUCGUGGGGUAUUGAUAGACGAGGGCACACCAGCUCCUGAUGAUGCAGCUCAGGACAUUCUUACUAUCUCAUCUUCGCCCAUUUCGACGCCGACACAUGGUUUUGUUCUCAUUCAUGAGGAGCAAAAAAUGGGGCGCGAGGCCGCGGAGAUGGCCAAAAAAUCCUCUCCGAUGGCCGGAGCUCCCGCGCAACAACCAUCCAAGCCCACGGCCACCCGUCGCGGGGGUAGAAGGGGCUCGCAACGGGUGCAGAAGGUCGCCACCCCGCGGUCAAGGUUCCCGACAACGCCCGCGGAUGACAUGGAGCUGGCCAUUGCUAUGCAGUCGGCAGGCGGGGUGGUGCACAACCGCACUGCGGUAUUCUGAGUAAAAACCUCCUCGUCCCCUCCCCAGAGAGAGUUAGCAUAAAAGAAAAGUUAGCAAGCCUUUGCCUUUGUCCAUGACAUCUCUGGAUAUUGAGUCUAGUCAUGGUUAGCUGUUGUAGUUGCAGUAGCCUCUUUACAAAUGGAAUAUCUUAUCCGCAUUGAUGUGGAAAAUCGAGAUGCAGCUAAUGCUUCCCAUGGAGCCCCUACGAACAACGUGUGAGAUACUUACAAGUUGAGCAAGCAGAUUUGCAGGGCAGGCGAUGUUUUCACUCAUGAUAUGUGACCAAAGAGGACGACCCGCCGACGGACGAUGAAGACGAACUGCUGCCGGACGUGGAACGAGAUCUGUUUCGCGGAAUCCUGCCGGGGGCGGACUCCAGCGGCAGUAGCACCGGGAUCCCGCCUUACUUCCCCGAUGAGGUAAAGGCAUUCGAACAUCAUGGGCCGGACGCUUCCGAUAACAGCAGCUCGGUCGUUCUUCUUCCCUCGACGCCCAUCGAGGUUGACGAGGAAAUGAUCGGUGGGGGUGCUACUAGUUCUUCCUCCCCGUUGCCAAUCGAGGAGGAGGAUGAAAUAGAUCCGUUUCUAGCAGGUCCGGAAUGGCCGCGCAAUAUGCAAAAGCAGGAUGCAACGUCGACACUACCAGCGGAGGGGGAGCAGGAGCCUGUUAUGGGGGAUGUCGCAAGUAGGAAGAGCCGCGACGAGUUGAGAUCUGUGCCCGCGCGGAGGACAAGAACUUCGACAGAAAAUGAUUUUUACACCCAAGAUCGUCUUCAACAAAGCGAAGGAGCAGCCAAGCAACAAUCGCUAAACGCCGACGCGGUCGCAUUCGUACCCGCCGGGGCAGGAGGAGGUGCAGCUGCGGGAAUAUUACCGCACUGCGAAAUUUCGUCGAAUCUUCAACAUGAGCACGAAACUUGUGCAGUUCUUGCACCCGAUGAACAUCAAGAGUCUGCUUCAAAUUUGCAAGAGAACAACGUCGACAUGAUGCAGCACGACCAGUCCUGUGUAGGCGGAGCAGGACUAGUAGACUUCGAUCCGACCAUGUUUCCGUCCCCCCACGAAGCGGCGAGUUACUACUACGGGAUGCAGCCGCACUGUUCCGGCCUGGACCCGAACAUCGUCCCCAUGGGGUCCACGCUGUACACGAUGCACCACGGUAUGCACGGCCAGCAGCAGUUCCUCCCCCAGCCGACGCAGGACCAAAGCGCGCAGACAGAUAUGGCAUUCUCAACUGUUACAUUCUCAACUGUUACACGGAUUUGUCAUGCAGAAUUGCCAUCAGCCUCCACUUGAUCAAGGUGGGCAGCAUGACAAAUCUUCGAAGGGCUAAACAGCAUCUAAAUCUGUGCAAAAUCUGUGAUGCGAGAGCUGCAAUAGUGCCACUUUCACUAUUGCUGCUCUUGCAUUACAAAUCCAUGUAACAGUUGAGAGUGUAACGUUUGAGAACGCCAUAACAGACGCCACGCAGGUGUGGCAGUGGAGCUUUCCGAUCACGUAUCGCAAGAAAAAAGUGUUACAGUUGCACAUUGUGUUGCAAGACAGGCAACACAGGCCACCUUUCUCAUGCAGGAAAUGCUUGGGAGCCUCGUUUCCUUCCUGUUUUGCCUUAUGCUAUUCGCAUUACAAGUUUUCCUUGCGACACAGAGAAAAUUUGUGAUGCAGAAACUCUAACAAAUGUGUAACUGUAACACUUUUUUCUGGUGAUAUCACGCAGCCGAUGUGCCUGUACGACCCGGUGAAGCGAACUCUGUACGGAAAGAACGCCCAGGGCAACUACGUGGAGCUGCGGCGCGGGUUCGCGGUCAACUCGCUGCUGGGGCUGCUGAAACCGAGCGGCAAGUCCGCGGACGAACUUCUGCCCAAGCGAACCGCGGAGGACAUAGCACGGAAGGAAAACAAUUUCCAGCACCUUUUCCCGAUGCUCACCGACGCACAGAUGAAUUCCAUGGAGACGCAGAUCAAGGCGGAGAAGAUUUACCCCGUGCCCUGCGUCGAAGCCAAGGUGUGGCGGCCGACGCGGGAAAGUUACCGGGGGAAAUGGAUGAAGUUCGACGACGACAUGUUCACUUCGCACGACUUUCUGGUGCACAAAACCUGCUUGAAGAAGGAAAGAAACAGGGACGCCUAUAGUCCUCAUCCAGGGCUAAAAAUAAAGGGGUCGAAAAUAAAGCAGGCGGAGAAACAGAAAAGUGAAGAGAAGGAAAAAGAAGCCGAACAAGGUCGUGCAAGAACAGGAGCUACAGCAACCACUGCACAAGAGGAAGCGACUUUAUCUCCCGCCUCGAAAUCCUCCGCAAAAGAAACGGAGUGGCCGAAACUUGGUGCGAAGACCAUGUCGGUGAAGGAUGUGUUUGAACUAAAAAAGCAAGAACUGAUGUUGAAAGCGCACCAAGAAGAUCAUGCGGCUCUCUCUACUUCACCGGACAGGACUGGAGGAGCCGACGCGGAGCGGACGAAAAGGGAGGAGGAAGAACAAAUCAUGGAAUCUGAAUUUUGUUACGAGUUUGGCAAGAAUGUCCACAUGAAAGCCAAGAAAUGGCUCAGGUAUGAUUUUUGACUAAGCGGCGCUUGUGGAAUGAACAAAAAGUUUUCAUUUCGUAGUUCUGUGAGGAAGAUACCACAAAGGGAAAGUGAGCUUUGAAAAGCAAUAGACGAAGGAAAGUGAAGUGACCUCUUUCUCGAAAUAAAUCAGGUUUCACCACCCGGGCGGGGUGCUGCUGCAUGACCCGAACGUAUGCAAGAAAAAACUGCGUUAGUGUAACUUUCCUUGGUUGGCAGCAUCACAAAUUUGCUCUACAUGACAGCGAAGACCUGCCAUGCGUGGCUUGUAAGGUAAAACACACCUGAAAAGAGGACUUCGUGGUUGUCUGGCAUGACAGGCGUAACUCUGUUGCAUGUCCUGCAUUACAAAGUCACACUUACACAGUUUUUUUCUUGCAUAGAACGCCGGCGCAUCCUCGAGCGGUUCGUUUCUCACUACGGUCUUGGAGCACGAACCGCAAUUGAAGGAGCAGCUACCAGUAUCAAAAUGAAAAAUCCCCCCUCCCCAUAUCAAAAGGAAGUUUCUGAUGCUGGAUUUGCGUACACAAGUCAGGUCUGUCUUGCAGUAGAGGACUGCAGGCCCAUAGCAAGCCUAGGUCGAAUGGUUUUGACGUAGGCGCGUAGCAUGGCAAAUGUGUACGCUGUAGGCCCCAGAGCAUCACAAACCGCCUGCAUAAUGCGGCGGAGUCUCUGGAUUGGCCUUCUUGCAAUACAGUGACGAUUUGCUGCCACAAAUCAGGAUCACAAAUUUUCAGGAGUAUCCCUUUUUCGUAUGGGGAGGGGGGAUUUUUCCUCACAAUAACCAGAAACCGCUUCGCAAAGGUGGCGCGAUAUAGAAAGCGCGCAGUUCGAAGAAGAAUCGGAUUACAUUAAGCACAGCACCGACCCAAGAGGGGCCCCAAACAGGCCCGGCAGUUUGGCUCACUCGACUCUCCACCAAGGAGAGCAGCCCUAUUUGUUUGAGCUGGAGGAGAAGCGGAAGUGGGGGGACAAUGAAAAGAAAAUCCGGGGGUGGGGCGACCAAAGUCAAAUUGCAGAAGAGAAAAAAGAGAAUGAUACAACAGCCACCGGUAGUAAUAUGAUGAAAAAUGCCAAAGAAGCCGAUUUGUUCACGCAGGCGCCUCGGCCAAGGGGCGAACAGUGGGUGAGUGAGACGGCCUACACCUACGGCGGACAUGUGUACAGGGUGGUGGACGCACGGACAAAAUUGUUUCCGGAGGAGGAACCGGAGGGCAACGGUGCGGGAGAAAAAAGGUAUAAUUGUAGUCGUGCAGACGAUCGUCUUUCCUUACAGGCCGUUGCACUGAGCUGCUGAAGAUGAGGACGUCUCCAAAGCACCGUAAAUCCUAGCACAGCGACGCUGCGUGUGUAGUUUGAAAAAUACAUGGUUUUUCGCAUGUUCUUGCAGAAGUAGAGAACAACUCUAGUUGUGUCUGCUGCAAAGAUUUUUGUGAUUGAGCUAUCAUUUUCGAUGAAAGUAAAGAUUGACAAUGAUGAUGAUGAAAAAUAAUCCGCAGCCCCUCAGCCGCCUGGACUUUGCAGGGAACGUUCGCCAUGCUCGACCCCCUGAAUCGGGACGCGCGAGUGCUGCUGUGGGACCGCUACGCCAACUGCUUCCGGAGCUGUGUCCGGAAAAGGAUCGCGCCGGGAGGUGCUGGAGCGUCUGCCGGCACGAGCGGCGCCGCACCGGCUACAGAUACCACCGCAGCGGGGGGCCUCGUACAACUACCGCAGCGCACUGCUGCCGGGAAGAGCGAGGAAUCUGCUUUGUCCGGGCCGCAUAAUGCUUGGGGCGAAACCGCGCGGGUGCGACAGCCGAGUAAGAAGUGGGCAGUUAAGAACAAGGUACAAGGAGCUGCGAGUCCUUCAGAACAGUUGUCCGACCAAAUGAUCGAGCAGUUUAACGCCUUGAACCUGGAGAGUAAUACUAGAGAUGCCUCGUCCACCAUGCAGACGAACCAAACCGCCCGUCUGUACGACCGGAGUUUGCUUUUGAUGCAAGGCUUGAAGGCGAAGGAAGAUAUGCGGAAGAAAAUCCGAGAAGAGGAGAGAAAGAAACUCAUGGAGGAAUUCGGAAUUGUCGAUGCUCCACAGCAACAGGCCAAGCAGGCUCAAGAAGGUCGACAUAUAUUGAAAGGAAAAAUCGCCCCCGCCGCUUCGUCGUCUGCCUCGCCCACCGCCGCCGGCCCCGUCCCGCGACCGCCGGGGAUUGUGUUGCCGCCGGGGUUAGAAACUGAGCUUGGCGAAGAUGUUGUAUUAGGAUCUUCGGCAGAAGAUAAUAAAUUCCCCCCGCAGGGGGCACGCGAGGAGCGUGACCCGUUUGCUCCUCUCUCCCGGAGCCGCAGCUAUUCCGGCAAUUCGUCAAAGGAGGCGGAUGCGCGAACUUGUGACUCUUUUUCCACGGCGGUCGAAGAUAAGGGGGAGGAAGGUGUUGAUGCGGAGCUGCAAAGAGAUGAGCAGCAAGCGCAAACUCCUGAUGUGCAGGCAUCUACUUCAUCGAAGUCUACUGCCUCAAAAAGACGAAGCAGAAACGGCAAAAAACAAGAUGAUCCGCGUGCAGCUGAGGUUGACGAACGUAUCCCGCAGGCACUGUCGGUCGCGCGACAAAUGCACGAGGAGAAUAAGACGCUGGAGCACAUCAACAACACCCUGGGGACGGAGGUAAGGGAAUUGAAGGCGCAGUUAGAGUGCAUGCGAACCGAGCGGAGCAAGCUGAAUUUAAAGAUAACUCAGCAGAAGACGGAGUGCGACCGGCUCUGGUGGGGCUUAUGGAUUGCAAAAAUGUCUGGGUCUGGAAGAGUCAUGCUGUUUUUGCAUGACGCAGAAGGUCUGGCAUGGAAGCUCUAGCAUCACAGGUUUCGAGAGCCUUCCGCAAUGCCGAAUCCGCAUGACAAGUCCCCUAUUUUGCAGACAAAAAGUGGGAGCUUUUGCUACGUAUGCAUGAGAGACUUUUCCGUGUUCUGAAGUACGCAUUACAAGUUGCAUUCUUCCAGACCCAGACAUUUUUAGAUUUGAUAGGGCUGGGACAAAAGCGACAAGGAUGCCCAGCGAAAGGAGCGCAUUUUGGAGGAAAGAUUUAAGGAGUUGCAGGACAGCCGAUUCGAAAUGAGAAAGGUACCUACACGCUUUUUCUUGUUUCUCGUUUUUAUAUAUAAUUCCACAGCUGGGUUGUAGUUUUAAGUAAUCUGCUGAACGUCAAGAACUGCUCCGCUGGGUCUGCAUUGAAUCAUCGUUCGUUGUUGUUACGAUGUGCCUUGGUCGAGUAUAUUCCUUUGACAUCAAACUAAGCUACACUAAACAGACGCAAUCGUUGCAGGCGGAGGUUAUCGCGCUCCGAAGGCAGGUAAGAGAUCUUCGCGGCGGCAGAUCGUGAAAACCUGACGCGAACACCUGACGCAACAAAGGGCAUUGACACGGUAUCGAAUUAACCUAAAGAGGAAUAAUUACGGGUCAGUUCAUUCUUGUCCUUCAUCAAGUGCAGCUUUUGAUGUUGACUUUAAGCAUGCCGCCUGUUUUGAUCUGUAGAAAAUUGCGAACAAGACAGAUAGGCAGUGUGCAAAAGCGCCGCUUUUUCUGAAGAUCCUGAGCUGAUUUUUGAAUCUACACCUUCAUUUUUUCGAUACAAUUAGACGGACCUAAAGCACAAUUGAUGCCAAGCUUUUCGAUACGUACAAGAAUUUUUACCACUAGAGCACACACCAGAGAAUUUUAUUUAUACGACCAACUUUUCAAUUACUGUCGAUGCACACGACGCCGUCGUGCCAGGGCGUUACUGAAGCUUGGUCGAGGGCCCAGACGAUUGCGAUACUGGCUUUGCAGGAGCCUCCUGAUUAGGCGCCGCACGGAUUGUACAAAUAUACAGAAAUUGUGCACGUUUGGAGCACAAUUACUAUAAUUGGCGACAAGAAGCAGGUCGUGCUCAAUGCAGUAUGUAGGUGAUUUGAUGAUUUAUGAAGUGCUUGUUUGUGCUCUCCAGAAGAUACGUACAGAUUGGUCGAAAAUGAUCUAUGCAAAUAGAAUACAGAUACCAUUGUCCUGUGAGAAAAAAUUCCAUAUCGAUGGAGUUGUGCACAGUGAUGGCCGAAAUAGAAGACUACACAAAAAUAUCGUGCAAAACUACAGAUGAACUUCUACUGACUCCAAAACGGCUCGCCCUCGUUUUCAGUUUACAACUUUCUAUGCCGCUUUUGGUCGUUUGUCAUAUAGAAUACUGAAGCUAAUUGAUAUCUUUGCGCCUGGUAUUUCAUCUCACCCCGUGAGGUGGAAAGCUACCGUUUUUUGUUCGACUAGGCGCGCAACGACGUUAGGUGCCAAAAAGUGGCCCGUUUUGGCGCAAUAUCUGUUCUGCGUUUUUCUGCAGAUUUUUUGCUCUGCUCGCGGAUCAAGAUGAAAUAUUCCAUAUGGAAGAG